AUGUUAGUCGAUGCCAAUGCUACCAGUGCAGCAGCUACCAAUUCAAUUCACGCUUCUCGACAGCUUACGUAUGCCCAGAAUUCACGCCAGUCGUCUUCCCCUCAUCAUCACGCACGUACGGCUGCUGCUAUGGCUCGUUCAGCCCCCAUUUCUUCAGCUGUCACCAUCAGUGAUCCGAAUAAUCCAAACAAAGUCUUUCAUAGGAUGGGAAACAGCAACAAUGCUAAUAAUAACGGCAGCAAUACGACUACUAAUAAUGAUUCUGGAAAGCAGCAACUUACGUGGACCACAUUAGAUAUCGGUGGUAUGGGGUUAAAGCAAGUGUCUUCUGCGCUUUUUUCUUACACUUUCUUGACUGUUCUUUAUCUGAACCACAACAAUCUGACAUACUUGACGCGAGAUAUUGCAAAACUGAGCAACCUCAAGAUUUUAGAUUGUUCAGGCAACAGGUUAACAACUUUACCACCAGAAUUAGGAAUGUUGAUCAAUUUGAGAGAUCUUUUACUAUUUGAUAAUAAUAUCACAACGCUACCACCCGAAAUGGGUACGCUUUUUCAACUGGAGAUGUUAGGAUUAGAAGGAAAUCCUAUUUUACCAGAUAUUAAGAAUAUUUUAAUGAAAGAAGGAACACAUGCCUUGAUCAUGUCUUUACGAGAAAACGCACCAGUGGGUAUGCCGCCACCUCAACGAGAAUGGAUCACAAUUGAAGCUGACACAAGCGAAGACGAUAAUGGUAAGGCUUUUUAUAAAUUUACAGUUUUAUGUUAUAACAUCCUAUGCCAGAAAUACGCGACAGUACAGGCCUAUGGUUAUACGCCUUCUUGGGCUUUAAAUUGGGAUUACCGUAAAGAAUUGAUUGUCUCAGAAGUACUUGGUUACGAUGCAGAUAUAGUAUGUCUUCAGGAAGUAGCAGUGAAGCAUUACGACGGCGAAAUAGGAGAUAUUUUCAAGGAACGCGGGGAUUAUGAUGGCGUAUUCUUCCCUAAAUCCCGUAUAAAGUUUGCUACUGCAGAAGAAGAAAAGCGCGAAGUAGAUGGCUGCGCCGUCUUUUACAAAGCUUCAAAGUAUAAUCUCAUCGAACAUCACUUACUGGAAUACAGUCAAAAAGCGCUUCAACGAAAUGAUUUUAAACAUAGUGAAGCUAUUUACAACCGUGUAAUGACAAGAGAUAAUAUUGCUGUCAUGGUCGUACUGGAAAAUAAGGUGACAUUGAACCGAGUGCUGGUGGUCAAUUCGCAUAUCUUUUGGGAUCCUGCUUAUGCUGAUGUUAAACUGGUACAAGUGGGUAUGAUGAUGGAAGGUAUCGAGGCCUUUGCUUCCAAGCACUUAUCUCCUCCAGCUUCCUCACCAAACGGUUUAAAGUAUUCCUCUCCUGCUGCUUUACCGACAGUGAUUUGUGGUGAUUUUAACUCUGUACCUCAGUCUGGUGUAUACGAAUUUCUCUCCAGGAGCUCUCUUCCACCGAACCAUCGCGAAUUUGGGCAGCAUGCUUAUGGUGCUUAUACUUCAGAGGGUAUGACUCAUAACAUGUCGCUGAAGAGUUGUUAUAGCCAUAUUGGUGAGUUGGAUAUAACAAAUUAUACACCCGGUUACAAAGGCACUUUGGACUAUAUUUGGUAUACCAGUAAUACAUUAGACGUUAUUUCUUUGUUGGGCGGAAUCAGUCAAGAUUAUCUUGAUAAAGUAGUUGGAUUUCCAAAUGCACAUUUCCCUUCUGAGUAA